UCCCGCGUGCCGAUAGAAGAGGAGAACAGCAAAGGCCUCCGUUAGUGCUCCAGGGGGGAGGCGCGGAACAGGAUGCGCUGGCUUCGUAAGCACCGAUGACGGACACGGUGGAAGAUGAUCAACGCAACUGAUUGACUGACACCCCCUUGGAAUACGACCUUGUGGAUAUAACUUUGGAUCUUGACAUGAGCAGGUGGCGUACGCUUGUUUGUAUGUCUCUCCUGGAUGGGGAUCUCAUGCAGUUGGACCACAAAAGGAGGGGAUUCUGACCGCCUAAACCCUCCUCCAGCCAGUCCGAGAGAAGUCAAAGGACUGUAGCUUGUUCUUCAGCCCCGCGCCCGGACAGAUGCACCACUGCUAAGGAAAAGUCCGGCACGCCAGCUAUGUUUGGACGCGAUGCUCAAGCUGACGGAUCCCGUACAGACUCACUGGCCUGAUCUCACCACCCUGCUACUCGUGUAGUGCUGGAGGGAAGGGAUAAUGCAUAUCAUCCCCUGGCUGAAGGAAGAAGCCAGCAUGAGCAACGUCACAGUCACCGACAACACCGAGCCCCUCACCCGCACCAUGAACCCGGCGCCCCCCAGCCCUUACAGCUACCCCGUCAGCUUCCAGGUGUCCAUCACGGGAUUCCUCAUGCUGGAGAUCCUCCUGGGCCUGAGCUCCAACCUGACCGUGCUGGCCCUCUACUGUAUGAAGUCCAACCUGAUCAGCUCGGUCAGCAACAUGGUGACCAUGAACCUCCACGUUGUGGACGUGCUGGUGUGCCUCUGCUGCAUCCCACUCACCAUUGUGGUGGUCCUGCUCUCCCUAGAGGGGGACACGGCCCUGGUGUGCUGCUUCCACGAAGCGUGCGUGUCCUUCGCCAGCGUGGCCACGGCCGCCAACGUGCUCGCCAUCACCCUGGACCGCUACGACAUCUCGGUCAAGCCGGCCAACCGCGUGCUGACCAUGCGCCGUGCCCUCUCGCUCAUGGCGGGCAUAUGGGUGCUAUCUUUGGUCAGCUUUCUGGUGCCCUUUUUCGAGGUUGGCUUCUUCGCGCAGGGCCACGCCGAACUCAACCAGACCCUCGUGGAGAAUGUGGUCCAUUCCAACCAGUACUACACGGAACUCGGGCUCUAUUACCACCUGUUGGCUCAGAUUCCCAUUUUCUUCUUCACCGCCGUGGUAAUGCUCAUUACCUACUCCAAAAUUCUCCAGGCCCUUAAUAUUCGUAUCGGCACGCGCUUCCACGCCUCUCAGAAGAAGAAGGCCCGCAGAAAAAAGCGGACGUCCAUGACAGCGAUGACGCCGCAGCAGGAGGCCACAGACGCGUCCCAGAGCAGCGGCAGCCGCAACCCGACCACGCUGGGCAUGCGGACGUCCGUGUCCGUCAUCAUCGCCUUGCGCAGGGCGGUGAAGCGCCACCGGGAGAGGCGGGAACGGCAGAAACGCGUCUUCAGGAUGUCCCUCCUGAUCGUGUCCACCUUCCUGCUGUGUUGGACGCCCAUCACGGUGCUCAACACCGUCAUCCUCACCCUGGGCCCCAGCGACCUGAUGGUCAAGCUGAGACUGGGCUUCCUGGUCAUGGCCUAUGGGACCACCAUCUUUCACCCGCUCCUGUACGCCUUCACCAGGCAGAAGUUCCAGAAAGUCCUGAAGAGCAAGAUGAAGAAGAGGGUGGUGUCCAUCGUCGAGGCCGAUCCCACCCCCAACAACGCCAUCAUCCACAACUCCUGGAUUGACCCAAAGAGGAACAAAAAGGUGACGUUUGAGGACAAGGACGCCCAGCAGAAAUGUCUUUCUUCAGAGGACGUGGAGUGA